AUGGCGCCGGCUCGAAUCAUCGCGGACUCGGAUGACUCCGACGACGAUUUCGACUCACGAGACACUGCCCCGAAACCUACGACUUCCGUGAUACCGAGCCAAGGCCGCUCCUCCGACCCCGUGAGCGUCGCGACCAACUCGACAGACCCCAAGUUCUUUCAAGCGAUCUACACCGAGCAGCAGCGUGCGGCAGCCAACGACACAUUACCAAGGCCAGACGGAUCAUCCGCAUCAAACGGUGCAGCGCUCAGCUCCAUGCCAGCACAGAUCAAAGCGCAAAUGGAGAGGAGCGACACUGGUACCUCGUCGCUCACCUCAGCCAGCGAUCUGAUCGCAGGGUUGGACAGUCCCGAGGGACAGGAACCAGAGGUGGUGGACCUCACGGAAGUCGCAUCGCCUAAGAUGCUCGCCGCCCAUGCGACUCCCGACGACAUGUGGGAUGUUCCCAGCAGCCCGGUCGGCGGCCGAGCGCCUCUGGCCAGCCUCGCGAAGAGCAGAGCAUCAACCAGUGGUACGAAAAGGAAGCGAUCGAACAAUGUGGAAUUCACAUCACCGGUGGCUAUCGAAGUGCCUUCGCAGGGCUCCACGCAACCAUUCGACGCUACCCCUGCAGCGAGGAUGGAGAACGGGAAGAGGGCUCGACUCAGGAACCCGGACUUAUCUUUAUCGGCCGAGGAGGACGACAUUGAUAUGGUGGUGGUACCACAUACAGCUGUGGUACCCUCAUUUGGCGACCUCGUCUCUGGUCAGAAGCCUGUCUCGAUGUACAUCGAGUCCCAAACACUGAGUGCGAGUCAAAAGUUGGAAUAUGAAUAUCACUCAGUUGGCCCGUCUCCAGAGGAUCCAGCACUCACUCCUACUCAGCCAUUCUCGACUCUUCAAGCUGCGGCUAGGUCAAGUGGGGCUACGACUAUUGCAUAUUCCACGCCGAGCCAGACUCGAGUGAUUGGCUUGCCUCCGGCACCAGCCGAAGGUCAUCUCACACUAGACACAGUGCACGAGCAAGCUCAGGAAGGUUUCGGAGUGUCAGUCGAUCCAGAGGCGACUAUAGAGAUACAAUCUUCACCAGAUAUAAUAUCUGCAGCAUCAGUACGUCGGAAUAGGAAGAACUUGAGGGAGGAAUCCCCAAAGACGACAAAGUCUCGCCAAGAAGACGACGGCUGGGAUUCAGACGCCAUCGGCUUCCCUCGAGAAUCAUACAAGCCUCGUCUUAGCCGACGCAGAGGUAGUGACACUAGCCGGCAGGACGACGCUAAGGUUCUAGAAAGCGCCGAGAUUCCUGUCGCCGAUAUGGGCCCAGCCGCGCAACUGCUCUUGGAGGAGCCCGUUUCGACGAGCACAACGAAACCAAAGAAGAGGGGACGGCCGAGAAAGUCGGACACCGCUGUAGUGGAAAGUCCGGCACCCACUGAGACCUCGGCCACGCCACGGACCACCGACGCAAGCGAGGUCGUGAAGGAUUCUACAGGAACAGAAGUUGCAACGGCGGCUACGCCAUCGACCAAGAAGAAGCGCGGGCGGCCAAAGAAGGCGGACAAGAACGCAGUAGAAAGCGUGCGGCAAGCGACUGAAAAGCCACAUCAUGCACCUGAAGUGGAGCAUCCUACGACGGAGGGGAAACAUGCGGGCGAUGCCUCAUCGGGCAAGGCGGCAAAGCGCAGCAAGGGCGAGCACGUCGCUACCCAGCAAGGUUGCACAGCAGACGCGGGCAGCGGCCCCCGAGAGAAGGGCAGCAACGAUCGGGUGCUGCAGCCAGUGACGCCUAAUGCGGCGCUCAGCAAGUCCGGUUCCGACGGACUGGGACCGCAGAGCGCGGCAGCAGCAGAGGGGAAAGUAGCGUCGACGACAGAUGGCGACAAGUCUGGGAUGGCAGGCAAAGGUGAGGGGAAACAGAGGUUGUCGACGCCUGCAUCUUCCUCGGCGACGAAGCCUAUUUAUCGGGUGGGACUCAGCAAGAGGUCGAGGAUUGCGCCGUUGCUCAAGUCACUGAAGAAAUGA